AGCCAUGGCGGCGCAUCUUAAGAAGCGAGUGUAUGAGGAAUUCUCUAAAGUGGUUCAGCAGCCACAGGAGGAAAUCGCUACUAAGAAACUCCGACUGACAAAACCAAGUAAAUCUGCAGCACUCCACAUAGAUCUGUGUAAAGCUACCUCCCCAGCAGAUGCUUUGCAAUACCUACUCCAGUUUGCCAGGAAGCCUGUCGAGGCAGAAAGUGUGGAGGGAGUAGUCAGGAUUCUCUUGGAACAUUAUUACAAGGAGAAUGAUCCAUCUGUGAGACUGAAAAUUGCAUCGUUGUUGGGAUUAUUAUCAAAGACUGCAGGAUUUUCACCAGACUGCAUUAUGGAUGAUGCCAUUAACAUCCUGCAGAAUGAAAAGUCUCAUCAAGUCCUAGCUCAACUGCUGGACACUCUGCUUGCAAUUGGCACUAAACUACCAGAGAAUCAAGCUGUCCAGAUGCGAUUAGUUGAUGUAGCUUGCAAGCACUUGACAGAUACCUCUCAUGGUGUAAGAAAUAAGUGCCUACAAUUACUUGGCAAUCUUGGCUCUUUGGAGAAAAGUGUCACAAAAGAUGCAGAAGGCUUAGCUGCCAGAGAUGUCCAGAAAAUUAUAGGAGAUUACUUCAGUGACCAAGAUCCACGUGUCAGAACAGCAGCUAUAAAAGCCAUGUUGCAGCUCCAUGAAAGAGGACUGAAAUUACAUCAAACAAUUUAUAAUCAGGCCUGUAAAUUGCUCUCUGAUGACUAUGAACAAGUGCGCAGUGCUGCAGUCCAGCUUAUCUGGGUUGUUAGUCAGCUCUACCCUGAAAGCAUUGUCCCAAUCCCUUCUUCUAAUGAAGAAAUUCGCUUAGUUGACGAUGCAUUUGGAAAAAUUUGUCACAUGGUCAGUGAUGGCUCCUGGGUGGUUCGUGUUCAAGCUGCAAAGCUAUUGAGGAAACGUACUGCACAUGAGCGUGCCAAGGAACUGUACAGUUCAGGGGAGUUUUCCAGCGGCAGGAAGUGGGGAGACGAUGCUCCCAAGGAAGAAGUAGAUACUGGGGCUGUGAACUUGAUUGAGUCGGGAGCUUGUGGAGCUUUUGUUCAUGGAUUGGAAGAUGAGAUGUAUGAGGUCCGUAUUGCUGCUGUGGAGGCUCUCUGCAUGCUGGCCCAAUCUUCACCCUCUUUUGCUGAGAAAUGCCUUGAUUUCCUGGUUGACAUGUUUAAUGAUGAAAUUGAGGAAGUACGUCUGCAGUCCAUACAUACUAUGAGAAAAAUCUCUAACAAUAUCACCCUCCGAGAAGAUCAGCUUGACACUGUCCUGGCUGUGCUAGAGGAUUCAUCCAGAGAUAUUAGAGAGGCUCUUCAUGAACUUUUAUGCUGUACUAAUGUUUCAACCAAGGAAGGGAUUCAUCUUGCAUUGGUGGAGCUGCUGAAAAAUUUAGCCAAGUAUCCUACUGACAGGGACUCCAUAUGGAAGUGCUUGAAGUUUCUGGGAAGUCGGCAUCCAACCCUGGUGCUUCCCUUGGUGCCAGAGCUUCUGAGCACCCACCCAUUUUUUGACACAGCUGAACCGGACAUGGACGAUCCAGCUUAUAUUGCAGUUUUGGUUCUUAUUUUCAAUGCUGCUAAAACCUGUCCAACAAUGCCAGCAUUGUUCUCAGAUCACACCUUCAGGCACUAUGCCUACCUCAGAGACAGUCUCUCUCAUCUUGUUCCUGCCUUGAGGUUACCAGGCAGAAAACUGGUGUCAUCAGCCGUUUCUCCCAACAUCACACCUCAGGAGGAUCCUUCCCAGCAGUUCCUACAGCAGAGCCUUGAAAGAGUGUAUAGUCUCCAGCACCUGGACCCUCAGGGAGCCCAGGAGCUGCUAGAAUUCACCAUCAGGGAUCUGCAAAGACUUGGAGAACUUCAGUCUGAGUUGGCAGGAGUAGCUGACUUCUCUGCUGCCUAUCUUCGGUGUCAACUACUUCUCAUCAAGGCCUUACAGGAAAAGCUGUGGAAUGUAGCUGCCCCUUUAUAUUUGAGGCAGAGUGAUUUGGCCUCAGCAGCAGCAAAACAGAUCAUGGAAGAGACCUACAAAAUGGAGUUCAUGUACAGUGGUGUGGAGAAUAAGCAAGUGGUGAUCAUACAUCACAUGAGGCUGCAGGCCAAAGCUUUGCAACUUAUAGUAACGGCACGAACUACUCGAGGAGUUGACCCCUUAUUUGGGAUGUGUGAAAAAUUUUUACAGGAAGUGGACUUUUUUCAGAGGUGUUUCAUCGCUGAUUUGCCCCACAUGCAAGACAGCUUUGUGGACAAACUUCUUGACCUUAUGCCCCGACUUAUGACAUCCAAACCUGCAGAAGUGGUCAAAAUUCUACAGACCAUGCUGCGGCAGAGUACCUUCCUGCACCUCCCCCUUCCAGAGCAGAUCCACAAAGCCUCAGCCACCAUCAUUGAGCCAGCGGGCGAGUCAGACAACCCCUUGCGGUUUACGUCUGGUUUGGUGGUGGCCCUGGAUGUUGAUGCAACCCUAGAACAUGUGCAAGAUCCUCAGAGCACUGUGAAGGUCCAGGUCUUAUAUCCAGAUGGCCAGGCUCAGAUGAUCCACCCUAAGCCAGCAGACUUCCGGAAUCCUGGCCCCGGGCGGCACCGGCUCAUCACCCAGGUGUACCUCUCCCACACUGCCUGGACAGAACCAUGCCAGGUGGAAGUGAGGCUGCUGUUGGCCUACAACUCCAAUGCUCGCAUUCCAAAAUUCUCCUGGAUCGAGGGUGGUGAGGUGUCACCCCAGGUGGAAACCAGCAUCGAGGGCACCAUCCCCUUCAGCAAGCCUGUAAAAGUUUACAUAAUGCCCAAACCUGCAAGGCGCUGAAUCAAAAGCAGUCUGUACAGCCACGGCCUAGAAGGCCCUUCUUAGGUAUCAGAAUGAGCCAGAGCUCAGAGCACUUCACCUGGAAAUGAUGUGUAGACAUAAGGAGUAUGUGACCCUUACAGUCUCAUCUGGUAUCAAACACAGGAUAAAUUAUUUUUGCAUU